AUGUACCGAAUACGACCGCCGUUGCACACCCUUAGCGCAACCCGCGCACCUCUCCCACUCCCACUCCCAACCCAACCCCGCUUCUACCAGCAACUCCCCUUUGGCCGGGGCGCUCGCCCGCAAUACAAGCGCUUCUCUAGUCCCUCAGGCGGGCUGUCCGGGCUGCUCUACCGCUGGGCGGCGCGCCCAACCUUCUACCGCGACAUUGGCAUUCUCAGCGCCGGCGCGGGCACAAUCUACCUGUACAACCUAGAAGAAGUGCCCGUGUCGGGCCGCCGCCGCUUCAACAUUAUACCGCCGCAGCUCGAAGAAGCCAUUGGGCGCUCGUCGGUCGACCAGGUGCGCGAGCAGUACGCUGGGCGCAUUCUACCCGACAACGAUGUGCGCGUGCGCAAGAUCAAGAAGGUGCUGCAGCGCUUGCUGCCGUAUGCUGAGGGCGAGGGCUUGCAAGGUCUCGAUUGGGAGGUUACAGUUAUAGAGAGUCCGGAACAGAAUGCGUUUGUGGCGCCGGGAGGCAAGGUGUUUGUGUUUACGGGCAUCCUGCCGUUGUGUCGGGAUGAAGAUGGGAUUGCGGCUGUCUUGGGACAUGAGAUUGCGCAUGUGGUUGCGCAUCAUACUGCAGAACGCAUGUCUCAAGCUCCCCUCGUUCUCCUCGGCGUCCUCGCACUCUCCCUCUUCGACAUAUCCUUUUACUCGGGUAAACUCCUCAUCGACCUCUUUCUCUCCAUGCCGGCCUCGCGCAAGCACGAGGCGGAAGCCGAUUUUAUCGGCCUCAUGAUGAUGGCCCAGGGCUGCUACAGCCCGCAGGCUGCCAUGGACUUUUGGGCCCGCAUGGAGAAGAUGGGCGGUGGUGAGCCCCCGCAGAUACUGAGUACGCAUCCGAGCCAUCAUAAUCGCGAGGAGAAGAUUCGUGAGUGGUUGCCCAAGGCGAUGGAGAAGGCCGAGGCGAGUGAGUGUUAUGGCACGAGUCAGUAUGACUAA